ACCGCACGAUGAUUGGCUGGCGUAAACGAGAUCUUAAUUUAAAAACUCGACCUCCGCGUAUUUUCAAAGUGUACAUCCAUGCCUGGCCGCGUCUUGUUGUUCUAUUUCGAAUUUGACGCUUAUCUUGGCUAAAAUAAGCCCAUGCUGGAUAAGGCAAGACCCAUGACGAUUGACCUAAAAAUACCAUUAAUGGUGUGAUGAAACUAUUGAGAAAAACCUAAAAAGACAAGAUUCAUACUGAAAUAAUGGAUAAAUAUAAUCCAAGGAAAUCUCGGGAUCAGACAGACGGAGGACGAAUUUUCCUAAAUCAUGACCUCACUUUUAAAACAUGUGGAAGUGAAGACAAUGUGAAAUCACUAAUUGACAGGAUGAGUAAUCAGAAACAUUCAAGAAAGGUUAUCAUUCUUCGUCAUCCAAAACCCAAGAGCACCUUGUCUGAAGAACCCCCAAACAAACAAGUCACCAGUAAUGUCACAGGCAUGUCCACAGUGUUGUCUAGUACAUUCAAGUCCACAGAAAGCAGGAAUACUGCAACUACUCUACAAAGUGUUCAACGGAAUUCAUUGCAUGAUACAAUGUUGAAUAAUCUGCAAAGCCGUGACAAACAUAAUAUGAACACAACUUGUGGCAUGACUAGUAUUCAGAAUCGUACAUCCUUAUUAGGUAAUAACUCGUAUGUUAUGUACCCAAAUAUGGUGGAAAAGAAUUGUACACGAAAGACGUCAAUGACGCAAAGCUACAACAGUGCCACCCAACAAGGUGUUAGGAUGGCAUCUGCAACUAUGGUACCUAUGCGCAAACAGUCAAAAGAGGCAGUUACAGAAGUAAUACAACCAGGAGAGCAGACCAGAUUGAAGCCACAGGACGCCAUGAAUGACAGUUUAACCAAUAUUACAUGGUUGGGAGGUGCAAGUGUUAAUCCUAACUUAGAGAUAAAAGUUGAAAAUGAACGAUCAAAGGUAAUGUCAAUUCGGAAGGAGAGUCCGCAUAAACGUCCCUCGUACUCGUAUAUGUCCAUGAUACAGUUUGCUAUAAAUAGUAAACCGGACAAAAAGAUGACGCUACAAGAGAUUUACCAUUGGGUGGAGUCUACUUUCCCUUACUUUCAGUCAGCAAAGCCAGGAUGGAAGAAUUCAAUACGACACAACCUGUCUCUACAUGAUGUCUUUGUACGUGAAAAGCCAGAGGUAAACGGAAAGUCGUCAUUCUGGAAGUUAAAAGAAGAAGAAAAACAAAUAAAAGUACAACCCUUUACUGGGUACUCAGUUCCUGGUGCCCGUUCCAAAAAUACACCAAUCUUGCCAAGAUUAACACAGUCUUAUGCUAUUAUUCCUAUUCCGUUAAUGGUACAAGCUAUGCCAUGUAUUUCGUCUCCUGUAUUGACACCCUCCUUACCCAUCACAUCGACCCCAGCACCAAAUUUCUUCACACCAAGCGGUCCCGAAAGUACAAUGACGAUGCGCCCAAUGUGUCUUUCUAAGAAUCUCAAACGAUAUGCACAGGAGAGUAAUGGUGAACCAGGCAAUAAAAAGGUCAAAAUAGCUCCAAAGCUUUUGACUACUGACUCUUGUGAAAGCAAUGCUAGAGUAAGCACAAGAUACACAUUCAAUGGCUCAUCUCCACAUAUAUCCAUAAAUCAGGAUUCUGGAAUGGAUUCUAUGAUCUCAGAAACUGAGCAUUGUGUCACCCAUCAGCCAACUAUUGGACGUUUACCCAUGCCUGAAAUACCCAGAAAGAAACAUGGUCGCAAAUCUCGGAGACCGCACAAGAUUGUCAAAGAUGAAGAUCAGCAAGAAAAUGUGCAUUUUGACGUUAGUUUUUCAGAAAUAUUUCCACCCUUUGAUGGUUUGGAGUCAUCUCCUCUACGGGGUUUAAUGAAAACUCCACCAAAAAUUGGUAUCACUUUUACUUCAACUCCAAACAAAAAUAUGUCCAACAUAGAUGGACUGACUUCUUUUGGUUUUACACCAUUGAAGACACUGGACCAUAUUGAUAGUGGAAUUGAGUCUUCUCAUAGGUCAAGCAACAGAAAGUUUGGUAAUAACUUGACUCCACUGGUGAACAAUUUCUCAAGUCCAGGAGUAAACAGAUUCUCAGACAUGAUUGGUUUCAGCAAUGACCUUGUACUGACUCCUGAUGCUACCAAAGCUGUUGACUGUAUUGACGGAUCAGCAUUCAACUUUGAUUUUGCAUCACCCAAACUGUUGACUCCAAACAAAUUUAAACUCAAUAAAUCAACAGAUGGGGACGACUCACUGAGAAUUGGCUCGCUCAGUGACCUUGGUCUGACCGGGUUAACACCAAUGAAAGAAAACAAAAUGGAAUCAAACCAGAGUUUUACUAAGUUAUGGAAUGAUGUAAGUUUCAGUGGAAUCAUGGGAGAAGACGAUCUUGGAAACAUUAGCUGGAGCAAUUUACAAUCAAUUAAUUGA